ACCAGAGCAUAUUACAGUGUCUGACAUCGUACUUGCAAGUUCACACACCUCUUUAACAUUAUUUUUGGUGAUCUCCGACUGGCGAAGUCGAACAUCAUUAGCGCCGACGUGGAUAACAAUCUUAGUGAAUUUACGUUUAGCAUUAGUCAGCACUUUUAAAUUUGCCAAGAUGUCAGCUAAUUUGAAUUUGUCUGACAGAAACCUGGCUAAAACAAGAUGAUUACAUUACUUUAAAUGAGUCUACACCCCAAGAUUACUGUUACAAACAUGAACCGCGUCCAAAAGGUAAAGGGGGAGGUGUUGCUACAAUUUAUAGAAAUAUUUUCAGUAUCUCUCAGAGGUUGGGUUUCAAGUAUAAUUCGUUCGAAGUAAUGGUGCUUCAUAUAACGUUAUCCAAAGAAACAAGUGUUAAUAAAUCCCCUGUGAUGUUUGUACUGGCUACUGUAUACAGGCCACCAGGGCACCAAACAGACUUUAUUAAAGAAUUUUCUGAUCUUCUAUCGGAGUUAGUGCUGACUGCAGAUAAAGUCCUAAUCGUUGGUGAUUUUAAUAUCCAUGUUGAUAAUGACAGAGAUUCGUUGGGAUCAGCAUUUAUAGACAUUCUAAACUCAAUUGGUGUUAAACAACACGUGUCAGGACCUACUCGUUGUCGAAAUCAUACUCUAGAUUUAAUACUGUCACAUGGAAUUGAUGUCAGUGGCGCUGAAAUUUGGCAGCAGAGCGAUGAUAUCUCAGAUCAUUAUCUAGUCUCCUGUAUAUUCCAUAUAGCUAAAGCUGUAAAGCCAACUCCUUGUUACAAAUAUGGUAGAACCAUUACCUCUACCACAAAAGACUGCUUUAUAAAUAAUCUUCCUGACUUAUCCCAGUUCCUCAGCAUAUCCAAUAGCUCAGAACAACUUGAUGAUGUAACUGAAACUAUGGACUCUCUCUUUUCUAGCACUUUAGAUGCGGUUGCUCCUUUACGCUUAAGGAACAUUAAGGAUAAGAGUCCAACACCGUGGUAUAAUGAGCACACUCGCGCCCUAAAGAGAGCAGCCCGGAAAAUGGAGUGCAGCUGGAGGAAAACUAAAUUAGAGUCCGUAUCCGGUCAGAUGGUGGAUCAGCACCAAGAGAUGAUGUCUACAGCCCUGAUCGUCAGCGGAGACCAGGACACCCAGAUGACCCCCAGAGACAUAUCCCCAGUGAAAACCUUGAUUGAAUACAAUAAAACUAAAAAAAUAUAACAAAAUAACUAAAAUAUAAUAAAAUA